AUGUCGACCACUGGUGCUCUCAUCUUACGGCUGUCGGACGACCUGGUCCUCCACGUCUUCAGCUUUCUGCGCGCUGAGAUGCUGGCGCGAGUCUGUGCGCUCAGCAGGCGGAUGUGUGCCAUCGCAUCGGAAGACCUGCUGUGGUAUGGGCUGCUCUGCGAGGAGCUGGGCCACGGCCGGCUGCCCGGCCCAUCCAUGUCCCACGUCGUGGGCGAGUGGAGGCGCCGCUGGAUCGCCUGGCGCCGGCUCGAGGUCGUUGGCUGCGAGACCCGCUCUGUGCAGGGCGAGGAGGAGGAGGCACGCUUCCUCCACCGCGCGGCUUGCCCGACCGGACGCCUCAUGUACGUCUUCGGCGGCCAGGGCGAGGCUGGCGAGUUCAACGACAUGUGGGUUCUCGACAAGCGCGUCGCCCUCUCCGAGGCGACGGCGCCAGGCUCGCCUCCGCGGGCGCGGCGGCGGGCGUGGCGGCGGGUGGAGGUGCCGUCCGACACGCCGGCGCCGGUGCAGCGCCAGUCGGCCACCCUCACCGCCGUCGGCAGCCAGCUGCUCAUGUUUGGCGGGCGGUGGGGCGAGUCGGUCUUUCUGAACGACGCGUGGCUGUACGACACGCUGCGCGGGCGGUGGCAGUGCGUGCACGAGAGCGAGGAGACGUACGCGGAGCUGGAGGCGCCGCCGCCGCGGGCCGACCAGCCCUGCCCCCGCUGGGCCCACUCCGCCGUCCGCUUCGGCCGCCGCGUCCUCGUCUUUGGAGGCUCUGCGCCGGGGCGCUGCUUUAGCGACCUCCACUGGUUCGACCUGGCGACGUGCAAGUGGAGCCGGGUGGCGCCCGAGGGCCGCUCGCCCGCGCAGCGGUCGGGUCACUGCGCGUGCGCCGUCGGCGACGCGUCCAUGUUCGUCUUCGGCGGCAACACCACCCGCGCCUCCUUCAACGACCUGUGGGAGUUUCAGGUCGACCUCAACCGCUGGCGGCCGAUCAAGGGCUCCGGCGCCGCCCCCUCCGGCCGCGUGGGUCACACCAUCACGUCGGUCGGCUCGCGGCUGCUCGUCCUCGGCGGGCGCGAGUACGCGACCAACCAGUUCGACCGCGUCCUCCACGCCUUCGACACUUCCACCCGGCGCUGGUCGCAGGUCCCGCUCCGGCAGCGCGGCGCCGCGGCCGGCCAGGGCGCGAGCUGCGCCGCCGCCGAGUCCGAGUCCGAGGAGGCGUCCGUCCCCGUGCUGCGGACCGGCCACUCGACCGACGCCUUCGAGGGCAAGCUGCUCGUCUUUGGAGGGCUGUGCAACGACGGCUCCUACCUCGGAGACGUCACCGCCGUCCACCUGAUCGAGCCAAAGGCGCCGGCCGACCGCACCGCCGCCGCCGCAGCGACGGCAGCCUGA